AAAACAAUUAAAUAUACAUUUAUUUUAGGACUUGUUUUUAUUACUGCGUGCAUGUUUUUAGAACGAUGAUGGCGCGGGUUAAUCAAUAAGGAAAACCUUUUUUCAAAAUUCGUCAUCAUGUGUGAACCGGUAGACAGCGGCAAUAAAAAAAAUAUUCAAAUCUCGUAGACAUGCCAGAAUAUAUCGUGGAAACUAUAAAUUAAACAUGAAGUAUAAUCCAAAACAUUUUCAUUUAUUUCCAUGACAACUAUUUCGUAUGUAUCUCGCUAAGUUUGUUUUCCAUCUUAUGGAACAAGAAAAAGUGUGACAUGUCGCGUCAUUCAUACGGUUUAUCAUUGAGGGCUCAUAAUUAAACAACAAAACACAAUGUCCUCUGGACGAGGUCGCGGUUACACGGGGCGGCAUCAUCUACCUCAGCGCGAAACACGUCCCGGCGAAGACUUGGACGAGAUCAACGCAGCUAGGACCCUAGCGGAACUAAGUCCUAGAUCCACAGUAAAACGCGUCAUUCCAGACACAAAAGUGGAGAUGAAAGGGGAUGUGAGUGAAGAUGAAGAGAAACCUGUACAGGAUAAAACGGAGAUGUACCGUCCGGAAGACGAUGCGCUGUCGGAGCUGCUGUACGUGGAUGAACAGUUCGCUCCCUUGUUGGUACUGUUGGAACAGUUUUCUCCCGGUGAGGACGGUAUACAGUUCAAUAGGAAGUUACGUCAUUUUGAAACGACAGUCACAAACAUGUGUCCAGAUGAAACACGAUUGCAACAGGCGUUCGCGUCGUUCCGCGCGGCGGCGCUGCAGAGCUCGGUGACGUCACGCAAGCUGGCGGCCGUGGGCGCGUCCUUCACCCGCCAGCAGCGCCAGCAGCUGCUGCGCGCCGCGCUGCUCAACAUCGUCAUGCAGGGAACCUUCACUAAGUUGGAAGUUCUCGAGCGAUCGAAUCCCAUAUAUUUGAUAAAUGCUGCCAACUUGAUGGGUGAUUACUUCGCAGAGGCUCGUCUUUGCAAUGGAAACAAAGUUCACAUUUUGGCCAAUCCGCUCCUACAGUAUAUGAGAGCUCUACUGGCAAGUGAUGACUUAAGAGCACACCGCAGUCUCGCUACACAGCUCAUGCAAAAUGGUAGAGAACUGCUAUCUGUCCUUGCCCAAGAAUUAGACGAACUAUCAAUUUCCAUACGACUACGUCUGCUAACACCACCGCCAGUGAGCAUAAUAUGGUUACUAUUAUCAGCAGAUUUGUGCUUAAAUAAGUUUCUGCCUUUACCGAACACACUCCAGCAGUUUUAUGCAGCUCAUUUAGAUUUAACUACAGAUGAGAGUUUUAGUGAAGUUACAUAUGGGUCUUGGAAAAAAAAAGAUGACUAUAGGUCAGAUGCCAGCUCAGAUACAGAGAAAGUAAGUCAGAAUAUGUCACAAAUUAGCUUAAAUCAAGACGAGGAUACAAAACCAAAAUUAAGACCUAUUCUUGGAGCAGGUGCUGGGCUGUUACGACAGGAACAGUUAACCCAGGAUAAUUUCGACACAUGGACAACAAAAAGUAGCUUAACAAAAAGAUACGACUUGAAUUCCUGGAGACAGACUGAUGAGGAACCCAAGAAGCCGGAAACGGAGCCUGUGUUUAACCCCACCGUUUUACCCCCUAAUAUACAAAAUUAUGUGCCCGACUAUCCCCCACCUAAUUACAAUUAUCAAGAAAACUACGCUAACUAUUUACAACAAGGGGAUGGUGCAUACAUACAGAAUUUCCAAUCAACGCCAAAUUUUAAUGCACCAGAAUUUGUCCCGCAGUACUCUGCUGAAAGACCUAACCCAGCACCGGAAAGAGUUAAUAAUGAAGUGCAGAAAACAAGUAACCGAAGACCGGUGGAAAACUGGCGCAGAGAAAAGAGUGAUUUGAAAGAAGACUCGAAUAAAAAUAAAAAAAAUUGGACAAGACAGCGUUCACAGGAUAACCUAGACGAUGAAAAUGACAAAGAUAAUGAGAAAUUCCGUUCCGUUUCACGGAGUUCACGAGAAUCCCGACAGUCGAAUCCUGGACGGGCAACUAGACGGAACAGCGGGGACACUGAUUCUAAAACAUCACCAAGGAGACACGUUACCGAAGUGCCAAGAAAUCAUAAGUACUGGGAUCACGAUGAUCGCUGUGACAAAGACUACAAUAGUUAGUGAUAGUUUUGGAACGCUUAACAGAUGUCGUUACUUUGAAAUUGUGCUUGUGAUCUCACAUUGGUGUUAUUUCGGACUGAAAGUUUAGUGUAU